AUGGUAACUUCACUUAGCUCAUCAUUCGGAGAAGAACACCAGCUGGAAGCGGAGAACACCUGCUCGAAUCUAUAUUGUCCGAUUUUAUUUCGCGCAACUUCAGUGAACUCAUCAAGAAUACAAGAACAUCAGUUGGAAUCGGAGAACAACACCAGCUGGACAGAAUCUGUGAAGAUGGCAGAAAAGGUCACACCCCUCUGCUACAGAAGAGCAAAGCGCAUGGCUUACUCCAUAGCUCGGGAAACCCUUGGCUUCACUCAGCCCGGUCAAAUAGACACCCCACAGAUCUCAUUUGCUGCAAUAGAGAUUGAUUUGGUGGAAUGGAAAGGGGACAUGCUUGGAGUAGGUGUCACAGAGAAGGACAUGGCCAAAGAUGAAAAUCUGAAGUUCAAGAAUUCAAUCUUGCUUGAGCUAGAUAAACAGUUAGGUGGAUUGUUGUCAGAAGCAUCAUCUGAGGAGGAUUUUACUGGAAAGCCCGGACAGUCGAUAGUUCUCAGGCUUCCUGGACAUGACUCGAAAAGGAUAGGUCUAUUUGGGCUUGGAUCUACUACAUCAGAAACUGCAUCUUAUCGCAUUCUUGGAGAAAGGCUUGGUGAAGCAGCCAAGACUGCUAAGUCGAGAAAAAUUGCCAUCACUCUUUCUUCUUCUGAAGGGCUUUCUGCAGAAUCAAAACUAGCCAUUGCUUCAGCAAUAGCCACUGGAGUUGUGCUGGGGACUUACGAAGAUAAUAGGUUCAAGUCAGAACCGAAGAAAUCAUCUCUCAAAUCUGUGGAAAUUCUUGGUCUUGGAACUGGAUCGGAGAUAGAUAAGAAACUCAAAUGUGCAGAGGCUGUUUGUUCUGGGAUAAUAUUUGGAAAAGAGCUUGUAAAUGCACCUGCUAAUGUGCUCACCCCUGGAAUAUUAGCAGGAGAGGCUAUGAGGAUUGCUUCUGAGUACAGUGAUGUUUUUACUGCAACUAUUUUGGAUGUGGAGCAGUGCAAACAAUUGAAAAUGGGUUCUUAUCUUGGUGUUGCUGCUGCAUCUGCUAAUCCUCCACAUUUCAUCCAUUUAUGUUACAAGCCUCCUGGUGGAGCAGUAAAAACCAAGCUGGCCUUAGUUGGAAAGGGGUUGACUUUUGACAGUGGUGGCUACAAUAUCAAGACAGGACCAGCUUGUUACAUUGAGCUCAUGAAAUUUGACAUGGGGGGAUCAGCAGCAGUGUUUGGUGCAGCAAAAUCCCUUGGUCAAAUCAAGCCUGCUGGAGUAGAGGUUCAUUUCAUUGUUGCAGCUUGUGAGAAUAUGAUAAGUGGAACAGGUAUGAGACCUGGAGAUAUUGUCACGGCAUCAAAUGGCAAGACAAUUGAGGUAAACAAUACUGAUGCUGAAGGAAGACUUACACUUGCAGAUGCUUUGGUAUAUGCUUGUAAUCAAGGUGUAGCAAAGAUAGUUGAUCUGGCUACAUUGACUGGGGCCUGUGUAGUUGCUCUUGGACGCUCUAUUGCGGGUGUUUUUACACCCAGUGAUGACCUGGCAGAAGAGGUACUUGCAGCCUCAGAGAUCACUGGGGAGAAACUUUGGAGGAUGCCUAUGGAGGAAAGUUAUUGGGAGUCCAUGAAAUCAGGAGUGGCUGACAUGGUGAACACUGGUGGUCGUGCAGGUGGAGCCAUCACUGCUGCUCUUUUCUUGAAGCAGUUUGUUGAUGAGAAAGUCCAGUGGAUGCACAUUGACAUGGCAGGCCCGGUUUGGAAUGAUAAGGAUAAAAGCGCAACUGGAUUUGGUGUUGCAACGCUUGUUGAAUGGGUGCUAAUCAACUCUUCUCAGUUUCAGUUUCCACAGUUCUCUUAG